GGAGCGGAACUCCACAGAUCGCUUUAAGAAAAUGGCAGACAAGCCGGACAUGGGGGAAAUCUCCAGCUUCGAUAAGGCCAAGCUGAAGAAAAUGGAGACGCAGGAGAAGAACACCCUGCCAACCAAAGAGACCAUUGAGCAGGAGAAGCGGAGUGAAAUUUCCUAAGAACCUAGAGGAUUCCCCACCCUCAUCAUCUUCAAGACACCCCAGUCGUGAUGUGGAGGAAGAAGAGCCACCUGCAAGAUGGACACAAGCGACAAGCUGCACUGUGAACCUGGGCACUUGGUGCUGACGCCACCGGCCUGCGGGUCUCUCAGGGGACCACCCCCCAAUCGGACUGCCAAAUUCUCCGGUUUGCCCUGGGAUAUUAUAACAAAUUAUUUGUAUGUUU